AUGGGCAUCGCAGUAAACGAGAGAAGAAAAAAAAAACUAAUGGUCUUCAUUUCUCUCUCAAAACUAAACCAUAUAUUAUCUUUAUUGGUGUUUAGAAAUUUUCCGAGCCAUCCAUUGGACGGUAAUGUCCCUUUCCAGCCACCGAAAACUCAAGUUUUCAUAAAUUUCGGCGGGGAUCAGCUGCGCAAGAAUUUCAUUGGCUAUCUUGUGGAUGCACUGCAGAGAAGUAAGGUCAACGUCUUCGCAGACAAUUAUUUACAUAUAGGUGAUGACCUCAAUGAACUUUUCAAGAAGAUAGAGUAUUCUGGAAUUGCGGUAGUUGUGUUUUUGAGCAGGUAUUGUGAAUCAAAAUGGUGCUUGGAAGAGCUUGUGAAGAUUAAAGAACUUGUGAGCCAAGACAAGGUCAAGGUGAUUCCCGUCUUCUACAAGGUGACUACAACCAAUGUGAAAAGACUUAAGGAAGAGUUUGGUGACAAUUUCAGAGAUCGAGAGUGGGAGUUUGAGUCUGAUGAACCUAAGAUAAAGCGAUGGAAAGAUGCAAUAAAUUAUGUCUCCCAUGGUGGGAAUAAUCUCUGGUACUUUUUCCUUUUUUAA